CAGAUCCAAGACUUCACGUCUUCAGUCAGACCAGGCCUAGGGGGUGUGAAACACAUGAGAUCCAUUUCACGAUCACGUCCUUCUGUUCUGGCACUGAUCUGAGUCGAGCACUUCUUUCCGGCGAGGCGUUCCGUCGACUUGGCCGGGAACAGUUGCAAUAUUUUAAUCCUCCACACUAUUAGCUUUUCACAAGAGGCGUGCAAAGCGUCCGUCAUUCCGUUCGCCAAGGCAUCGUGGAAAGCUAGAGACGAGUACAGCAUGGUGGCGUGUAGCCGCAGCUCUGCACAGCUCUGCACAGCUCAGGUACCUAGCCAGCAAAGAAGCCCGAGCAACGAUUGACUGAUUACAUCUUGGACCAGGAGCGGCCACUUCGACUGGCGAGGUCACUCUAGUUCGAGGUGUGGGACGUGGAGCCGAAAAAUAUUCGGAUCUCACCACUGCCAAUUUGGACCGGCAUAGCACACACGUACCUUGCUGAGUCCAUGUUUGUGUGGGAGUAAGUGGCGGAUAUCAAUCAGUCUAGCGUCGCUCCAGGAGUCGUCAGUGAGCUCAUUUCGAGGAGACGUGCACACAGUGCAUACAAAUCUAGCCUGCAAUAACGGCUACGUAACGUUUAGCUACAUACUGUAACAUAGCGACGCAGUAAUACAAAUCUAUACAGGAAUGGCGGACGAAGCUAACUCCAGUAGUGCCAGCGCCAUCAGCUCUACGUCGAGUUUCAUGAGUGUUGGAAGCACCCGGGAUUCUGUGGAGCUGUCCAGAGAGAUACGAGAGUCAUUCCGCGAGGACAUCGCGAAUGCACGAGCAAAGGAAGACGAACUUGCCCAGGAACUGGCGGAGCUAGAUGCUGCUGUAUCCCGACUUAAACGUCUAGACAGUGGCCCACACCGCUCAAUGUCAUUGACAGGAUUUCAGCUCAGCAGUCCAACGAGUGACGUCACUCGCUUGACCUCUACACCACUCUCCAGCGACAGGAAGGGCAGUCUCUUCGUUGGCAGCCAAGAGUCAUCCGCGUACAUGGACUUUUUGACCAGCAAAAGGUGUGCAUCGUUCCUUGCUCCAAUCAGUGGUAUUGGUGGAAUACCUGAGGAAACCGACCCAACCAGCUUAGAGCCGCAUGUCUGUGAGAAUGCCAGUCAAGCUGAAGAUCAAAGUGGCAGUGAAAGAGGUGUGUGCAUAGACACACCCGAAGAAAACAACAAGAAGGUAGAAGUAUGUGCUACUGCAGAAGAAAAGCAUGAAGCUACCACAGUUACCGAUGGAAGGACACGAGAUGCAGCCAUGAAAUCAGACAUGUUUCACUCGCAGCUGUCCGAUGACGUCCAUAUACGGAAAGGAAAGGGACGAUUCAUCCGUGUUGAGACUAUAGAAAGAGAGAACCCCAGCAAGAAUCCUCACUUUCGACCUACGAACAUUGGCAUGGCAGCUUUUGAGCAUGGGCUUGUUAGCGAUGCAAUUCAUGAAGGAACAGAUGUGAUGACACCUGACCGAACUCAAGCCGCAGAACCGUCAACAUCAUCACCUGCAGCAGUGCGGGUUCUCAGUCCAAUCAAUGAUAAAAGCUCUCCUCAGCUGAUCAAGUCAGUAAAGGUGCACUCAAGAAGAUCCGGGGGAGAUGGUAGGGAAGCUAACAGUAGCCCUGUUCUGAGAACUCACCGUCAAGAUGUGUCACGCCGCCGCUCUAGCCCUGUCCGAUCAGCUAGGGAAAAAGAGGCUGAUACAAGGCGACCGUACCGAUUGACUGAACUUUAAUAGCAACAAUGACGGCAUACUAUUUGCCUCCAAACACAGGCCCAGGCCUGAUGGUAUGUGCACGUAUGCUCGCUUGUAGCGUAGUGUCCUUGACUGUGAACCUUCGAAUCCAUGCCUUGCCUGUUUGGGGCGAUGAUCCACAUGCAUGACGGGUAUGGUUUAGCCAUGACUUGUGAGCAACUAACAGGUGUGAGUCUUGAUCAAACCAUAAGGACAUGACGUUAUGUACAAUUGACAUGGAUAGACUGUUGAGGGAAAUGAGUGAUGGCAUAUACGUUAUGCUAGAUAUAACUGAUAACAAACAAGGCCGGUCUAGGCAGCUCGAGGUAGAGUGCCCAAUGCACACGUGUGCAGAGCAGUAUCCACACGCAACAGAGGCGAAAGGCUGUGUAGCUGUAACUUUAAGUUUCAUGCAUUUCAGCCAUCAUCAGACAGCAGCAUUUACCAGCAACAUUUUGCAUUUUGUAAAUGCUGCUGUCUGAUGAUGGCUGAAAUGCAUGAAACUUAAAGUUACAGCUACACAGCCUUUCGCCUCUGUUGCGUGUGGAUAUAACUGAUACAUAUCUUGCCUUCAGAUGAUUUUCCCAUGAAAUUUGUCGAUUGUCCACCACAGUCUGGGGCAUGUAGCAUUUAGUAUCUUCGUUACAUCUUUGAAAAGACCUUUCAAACUGUAAUUUCAUUCUCUUGAUUUUGCCAGCUGCCCAGUCGCAUCGCAAUUUUUUAAUUAUUUCCCUACUGUAUGUCAAGUUUGAAGUUGAAGCUAGACUUUCUCGA